AUGGCCUCGCUCGAUCCUCCCCUUCCUCCUCCCAAGCUCCUCCGUGAAUCCACCGACCUCACCUUCUCUUCCACUUUCACCAGCUCCAGCUCCCGCUCGUUCUCCUAUACGCCCAACGCUGUCACCUUCACCCGCACCCGUUCGCGUCUCCCAUUCUCCAACAAAUACACAUACCGUAUCCUCCAUCAACCUCUUUUCCGCAACUCUCUGCUCGCCGGCGUUGGUUACCUCGAGCUGGCCAACGCGGCCGACUUCGCUGCCAAUGUGUGGAAUGAAAUCCCCGUGCCUCUGCACGCCAAGAUCCUGAUGGCGAUCGGCGGGCCUUGCGCUCUGUGCAUGACUUUGGUUGCCGCCCGAGACAUGUACCUCAGUGCUGCCAAUGUGCGGUUAUUACGGCAAGAGAGAGCCUUUCUCACGGAUAGCAUCUCCACUGGCUCGUCGGGCUCGCAUGGACACAAUACUCCCACGAUUACACCCGGCAACCAACAAUCACCCAGCGAGAAAACCGCCAUCGACAAGCUCAAUGAGUAUAAACACGGUGUCAACACCCGUGAAGUCCUCACAGAGGUGAUUGACCGGAUUCUCAUGGAUCUCCUCAUGGGAAUCGGUGCUCUUCUCGUGGGAAUAGGCACGUUGCUCGCGAUCUGGGGCGCCGACCCGACUAUCUACCGCACCAGCAAUCUACUUUCUGGAUACGUGGGCAACGGACUCGCCGCUGCGUUUGGCGUUGUCAAUGCUGUCUGGUCUGCGUACUUGGUGUGGCGGUUUCAGCGGUGCUGGACGGCAUGUUCACCCCCGGAAGACGGACACGGCCUGAAAUUGGAGCUUCCUUCGUCUCUUAAAAUCAAACUCCGGGCCCGGUUUCGGGCAUUGCGAUUCCAUGCUCUUGUCAAUGGGAUCAAUGGGCUGGUCGCCGGUGCGGCGAGUAUGGUCACGGCGACCAUGUGGUAUGGGUACGUGGUGCUGGUGCCGUGUAUCGCGAGCCUGAUCUUCCUGAACCUGUUCUGGAGAGCAAGACUAGGAUACGACCGCUCGUUGGGUACAUUCUCGACAGGACUCGACUGGGGGCUCACUACUGCGAGUGCCUUGUCCCAAACGAACGCAGAGGAAACCGGAGCCAGUCCCGAGGAUACACAAUCCCCACCCCAGCCCUCACCCUCCUCUCCACCCUCUCCCGACGCCAUCACCCACCACAAGGAAGCAGUCAACACCGAGGACCAAAACGACGACGCCAUCUCCAUCCUUCUCACCGAACUGGCGUACGUCAGCGAAAUGCACCGUGCACUUCUACACACCACCUCCUCCACCACUCAAAACACCAACACCAAGGACAACAACCACGCAACCCACAUCCUCAGAACCCUGAACCUCCCCACCACAACAGCCACCCCAACCACCCUCCUCACCUUCAUCACCCACCACAACCUCUGGGAGAGCUUCUGCGUCUGGCUUAUUGAAAGCCAGCGCCAGCGCCAAUCCCCCUCCAUCACCCAAAGACAAGAACUAGACACCAUCCUCGGACUAGGCUCGACAUCCCCGUCGACUUCCUCGGCUGUAAAUCCCCCAGAAGUAGCGGCAGCAACAGAAGUCACCCUCCACCCAGACGACCUCCUCUCCCGCUGCAGGGACCAACCCCUUCUCGUCCGCAAAAUGAAAGCCUUCCUGGUGGGCAAUGUGACGCGGUGUUUCGCCUACCGCGAGCGGUAUCUUCUUGAGAUGGUCGGGUAUGCCAUCUGGAAGGAGUCUAUACCCCCUUCAGCUUCCUAG